AUGGCAUCGAAUGAUAAUCACUCAUGGACACUCGUAAAAUAUACGAAAUUACAUGGAAUGCGCUAUGAUGUUGCUGGAACUACAGGCGAUUUGCGUGUCACGAUCAAUGCUCAGCGUCGAAUUCUAACGAUCACUAUCGGAAGUUCGAAUUUAGAGCAGUUCUCAUUGAACAUCAAUCCACCACCAACUGUGAAAAGCAAAGGGACCGAUGUGGUUUUUCACGUGAUGUCUCAGAGUUCAUCAGUGACACUCGCAAGAUUCCGAUUGAAAUUUCUCUCAGAAGCUGACCAUUCCAGUUUCGUGUCGAUCAUCUCUUGCUACUUCUUUGUACAUAAAAUAGCCGUACAGUCGCCUAUGCCGCAGCCGUGUGCAGGAAAUGCGACUGUGCCCGAACGAUCUUCAAUCUUGUCCGAACGAUCGUCAAAUUCUCCAGUUGCAAUGGUGCCACCACCACGUUCAAUGUUCUCUCCAUACGUCGUUGAAAAACAAGGACAACAACAGCAACAGACUCAACAAUCUCAAUUCCAGGCUCAAUUGUCUUCUCCAUCUUCCGAUGGGAAUCUAGAAUAUAACCGUAAGAGACGAAAUUUUCAGCAGUCAUCUUACAGUCAACCAACGAAAUUAUUUUGUGAGGAUACGACGACUCAUAACACUUCAUUGGAAUCGAACAGUGCAUAUUCAUCGCAAGAGUCAUCGCUGAAUACAUCGUCAUCUCAGCCGAGUUUACAACAUCCAGCCAUACGACGUUGUAUCAUUUAUGAUCGAGUUUUUAAUAAGUCCACGAUAUAUGCUCCUAGAACUGAGUUUGUAUUGGCCUUUGUUGAUGAACUCUAA